CUUGUCACGUGACCGUGGCCACGUGACGUUUGACAACAGGAAGGUCGCUCAGCUCCGGCUGCUUUGUUUGAGAACUUCUCUUUUCGAGCGCACAGCGGCAGAUCAGGACCGGGGGGAAAUCUCAGUCGUAACGAGGAACCCAAGUAUUGGUUCACUGUGGCGAAAUCAGGAGCAAAGUGAGAAGAACAGAAUGAGUGCUCAUUAUGUUGCCAAAGAGGACCCAAUUAAGCAAGUUAGAGGAAGAAAGCGCCAGUUCAAUACCAACAUGAGAGACACAUAAUCAAAAGGAGGAAUUCAUCUUGCAGCGUUGUCCUCCUACAAACUCACGCACACUCAACCCUUUCCGCACCAUGGACCAACCACUGCUGCAAAGAGAUUCGGGCCCAGGCUGCUGCUCCUGUAGAAUGCUAAAGGCUUGGCUGCCCAUACUCUCCUGGCUACCCAAAUACACGCUUAAAUGGCUUCAGAUGGAUCUUCUUGCUGGCCUCACUGUCGGGCUGACAACCGUCCCGCAAGCCUUGGCCUAUGCAGAAGUAGCAGGCCUUCCUGUGCAGUACGGGCUCUACUCUGCCUUCAUGGGAGGCUUCAUCUACACCCUCCUCGGGACAUCCAAGGACGUGACGCUUGGUCCCACGGCCAUCAUGUCCUUACUUUGCUUCUCGCUGGUGGGGGGCGAGCCCCACAGAGCUGUGCUGCUCAGCCUUCUCUGUGGACUCAUCCAGGCUGCACUGGCAUUACUGAGAUUAGGCUUCCUCUUGGACUUCAUCUCAUUCCCUGUGAUAAAAGGCUUCACUUGUGCCGCAGCAAUCACAAUUGGCUUUGGUCAGGUGAAGAAUAUCCUGGGACUCCAAGAUAUUCCCCAUGAGUUCUUCCCACAGGUUUACUACACAUUCUACAAGAUCCCUGAGGCCCAAAUAGGCGAUGUGGUCCUUGGUCUGCUCUGUGUAGCGUUGCUGGUGAUGUUGAUGUCAAUGAAGACAAGUCUGGGAUCUGGCGAUGACGCUCCCACGUUCUCCAGGGUCGCCAGAAGAUUUGUGUGGGCUGUUGCUACCAUGCGUAACGCCCUCAUUGUCGUGGCCGCAUCUUUUUGCGCCUUUUCAUGGGAAGCUUACGGCCGUCAUGUGUUCACGAUCACUGGGGAAACCUCCCAGGGGCUCCCACCCUUCAGGCCGCCGCCAACCUCGGACACCACCGCCAAUGGCACUGUGGUAACGUUUGGAGAGAUUGUAGAGGACUUUGGGGGAGGUCUCGCUGUGAUUCCUUUCAUGGGACUGCUGGAGAGCAUUGCGAUUGCAAAAGCAUUCGCCAGGCAGAACAACUACAGAAUAGAUGCCAACCAGGAACUGUUGGCAAUUGGUGUGACCAACAUCCUGGGCUCCUUUGUCUCAGCUUACCCUGUCACUGGCAGCUUUGGAAGGACUGCAGUAAAUUCUCAGACUGGGGUUUGUACUCCAGCUGGAGGGAUUGUCACUAGUGUGAUAGUGUUGCUCUCUUUGGCGUUCCUCAUGCCGGCCUUCUACUACAUCCCGAAAGCUUCUCUAGCCGCUGUUAUCAUCUGUGCGGUCGCUCCUAUGGUUGACUAUCAAGUGGUGGCUAAGAUGUGGCAGAUACACAAGCUUGACCUCCUUCCCUUUACUGUGACAUUCCUGAUGAGUUUCUGGCAGGUGCAGUAUGGAAUCAUAGGAGGUGUUGCUCUAUCUGGAGCCUUACUGAUGUACACCAUGGCUAGACCUCAGAUAAAGAUGUCCCAUCAAGGUGUACUGCUAAUUCAGUUGGCAAGUGGGCUCAGCUUUCCUGCUGCAGAACAUCUGAGCCAUAUCAUACACACUCAAGCGCUACAGGAGUCUCCUCCACAUUCAGUAGUAUUGGAUUGCCAUCAUGUCAGUGUCAUAGAUUACACUGUGAUUCAUGAGCUGAGUGACCUGCUGAGGCAAUUCAAACGUCAAGAUGUGUGUCUGAUCCUUUCCGGAUUGCAGCCAAACGUCCUGGAAAUUCUUUUAGCCGCAGAUCUGGAGGGCCUCAGAUAUGCUGAUGGCGUUGAGACGGCACUGCAAAUGGGAUCAGGCAACCUCAAUUUAUGAUGAAGGAAGUUCCCAGCCACCGUCCGAGGAAGAGAUGUUUGCUGAUGCUCGCCAAACUAUAUGGGUGUCACAAAUUUGUGUUUAAAGGUGCUACACUACCGAGACAGACAUCAAUCCUUUUCUAUCCCUUACUGUUCCAUUGAAAACUUGGAAAUCAGUGAGGAUUCUAUGUGACUGUGGUGACCUGAAACCAAAUACCGUAUCUAAUUGCUUGUUUAUAACCGUUUGUUUUAAGUUUUGUUGUGACAUAUUUUAUGAACUCAAAAUUUUAAUUACCUCAGAUAUUGCACCACUGUGUUUUUUUUUUCUCACCUGAGUAGAAAGCAAAACUUAAACCAUCCCAAAACGCUGGUAAAUACAACAUAUUAACAGCAGCACAUACUACAUGACCUCAAUACUGUUAAUAUUGUGUGUUAAACAUUAAAAAAAUCCAUCUAUGUUACUAUCCCAAUCCAUUUUUCCAUACAUAAACCAUUCAAAUACUUUUUAAUGACAUUCAUUAGUAUACCUAUUGUGUAUUAUUCUGAAUGAGCUGAUCUACUAGACUGUACCAGUAAAAAACAUUUCCAUUUUGAUUAAUCUUCUCUUUUCGGCUGUCAAAUUGAUGCAGCUCUGUUGUGAAGAAUCAUAGACUGGAAAUAUAUGUUUGUUUUAGUCAAAAGAGUGACCUGAUGUUUUUGACAGCACCUCUGUACUAUGUCUUAAGUACAUACUUAUGUAUUGUGUUAAGAUUCUUCCGCGAAGAGGGUUUUGUAAUUCGGGUAUUAAAGGUCACCUACUGUACAUGUGCAUGAUUCAAAUUGUUUAGUUUUUUUUUCAAAUGUAGUUUACAACCCCAAUUCCAAUGAAGUUGGGACGUUGUGUUAAACAUAAAUAAAAACAGAAUACAAUGAUUUGCAAAUCAUGAUCAACUUAUAUUUAAUUUAAUACACUACAAAGACACGAUAUUUAAUGUUCAAACUGAUAAACUUGAUUGUUUUUCGCAAAUAAUCAUUAACUUAGAAUUGUAUGGCUGCAACAUGUUCCAAAAAAGCUGGGACAGGGUCAUAUUUACCAUUGUGUUACAUCACCUUUUGUUUUAAGAACAUUCAAUAAACGUUUGGGAACUGAGGA